AGCUCGGAUUCGGGGAGGACCAGAGAUCUUAGUAAGACUUUCUGCUCCACAGUUCCUGGAAGGCGGUGCAGAGUUACCGGGUGUACGGCGGACCACUGCGAGCUCUGCCAGCCACCUUUCUUGACCCUUGUCUAUCCUCACGAUCACGUUGAGCUAAAAUGCUCCAACCGGUGAAUCUAUCUCUCCCUCUUUCCCGCCGCACAAUCUCUCUCUCCACGUUUCCGAUGAACUCACCGCGAAUUUUGUCUGCUCUGAUCGUCCAAUAAGGACACUAGGGUUUGGAGUAGGAUUCGGUCGGCGAAAGAGGACUUUUUUCUGAUUUGUUUUUUUUUUGGGGGGGUUUCUGAGGUGAAUGCUGGACCUAGAAAUGCUCGAUUACUCGAAUCUCUUUUCUUGGUAGAGUUUCUUCUUUGUGGCUCUUCCGCGGUCUUCUAUGGAGAUUUCAGGGCCCAUCACUGCCGGACAGGUGUCGCUGCUUCUCGGAUUCAUCCCGAUGUUUGUGGCAUGGGUGUAUUCAGAGCUGCUGGAGUACUGGAAGAACUCGAGUUCUUCAAAACUUGGCAGGAUUUCUGAUGCCGAUUUGGUUGGAUUGGACGUCAGCCCGCUCAGUGAAGAAGCUGAAGUUCAGUUAUUAGAAGGUCUCUCAGCAUCUUCUUCAAAACCUCGCAAAGCAAUUUCAGGCCUUGUCAGAUUUUUUUGGAUGGACAAAGAUUUCUUGCUAGAGAACCGUUUGACAUUACGAGCCAUAUCAGAAUUUGGAGCUUUCUUGGCUUACUUUUACAUAUGCGAUCGUACAAAUCUCCUUGGAGAAUCAACAAAGAAUUACAACAGGGAUAUUUUCCUGUUUCUCUACUUUCUUCUCAUCAUUGUUGCAGCAAUGACUUCUCUUAAGGUCCACCAUGAUAAAUCACCAGUCUCAGGAAAAUCCAUACAGUAUCUCAAUAGGCAUCAGACUGAGGAAUGGAAGGGGUGGAUGCAGGUACUGUUUCUGAUGUAUCACUACUUUGAAGCAAAAGAAAUUUAUAAUGCAAUUCGUGUUUUUAUUGCUGCCUAUGUGUGGAUGACUGGCUUCGGGAACUUCUCUUAUUACUAUGUCCGGAAGGAUUUCAGCCUUGCACGGUUUGCUCAGAUGAUGUGGCGUCUUAAUUUCUUCGUGGCAUUUUGCUGCAUUAUCCUUGAUAACCAUUACAUGCUUUAUUACAUUUGCCCCAUGCAUACCUUUUUCACUCUAAUGGUUUAUGGUACACUUGGACUUUUAAACAAAUAUAAUGAGCAUGGGUCAGUUAUCGCAGUCAAAAUCACAGCCUGCUUUCUUGUUAUUAUUCUGGUAUGGGAGGUUCCUGGUGUGUUUGAUAUUGCGUGGAGCCCAUUUGCAUUCCUUCUAUCUUACCAAGACCCAGAUCCUUCAAGAACACAAUACCCACCCAUGCAUGAAUGGCAAUUCCGUUCAGGCCUCGAUCGCUAUAUAUGGAUUGUGGGAAUGAUAUAUGCCUACUAUCAUCCAACAGUCGAAAGGUGGAUGGAGAAACUGGAAGAAACUGAAGCAAAGCUGAGAAUAACAAUCAAAGCAGCGAUAGCAACAAUUUGCCUAAUAAUUGGUUACUUCUGGUAUGAGUAUGUUUACAAGCUGGACAAGUAUACCUAUAAUGCAUACCACCCUUACACGUCAUGGAUCCCAAUAACUGUGUACAUUUGCUUGCGGAACAUCACUCAGCAAUUCCGAGGCUAUACCCUUACGCUCUUUGGAUGGCUUGGAAAGAUAACAUUGGAGACUUAUAUAUCUCAGUUUCAUAUCUGGCUGAGAUCAAAAGGGCCUGAUGAACAGCCUCGAAUGCUGCUGUCUCUUAUUCCCAGUUAUCCAAUGCUCAAUUUCAUGCUCACCACUGCCAUAUAUAUCACAGUUGCACAUAGAAUAUUUGAAUUAACGAACAACCUGAAGAUCGUGUUUCUACCGAGCAGGAACAACAAGCGCCUCACAUAUAACCUAGCUGCAGGAGUUAUCAUAUCAAUAACCUUGUAUGCUUUGUCCUUGGUGCUACUCAACCUUCCAAAGAUGCUGGUAUGCAUGCGCUAAAAACUGAAGUGCAAAUAGACUACAUAACAUUUGAUUGCAGCAGAACCCAAAGCUCCCAAAUUAAUAUUUCAUGAUGAGUUAUAUGAUCUUGCUAUCUGUCUACUUGCAUGCAGGCAUAAGAUGUCUGUGUUUGGGUUACCCAUUGGAAGUAACAAAUCCUGAAUGGUCAAUUAAAUGUUGAUAAUGCUUAUUGUUACAUACAGGAUCUAUGAUCGUUUUGUGCGGAAUAUGAUCUCCAACUGAGGUGUCUGUGGAGCAGCCUCCAAGCUUCUUCCUCCAUAGGAAGGCUAGGUGCUGAUGUACUUCUGUAUCUCAUAUGUUGUGAUGUAAUAAGUGAAAAUCAGUAUAAAUACUGUGUUUGUACUUCAAAUAUCCUUAUUGUAUAAAGCAUAGCAGCAGGAAUUGUUCUAUUCUGUAAAAGUGGGUAUCAUAUCAUCAUGAGACCUAGAAAGCAAUAAGUGGAUGUCCAUGUACCAACAUCAGAACUCUAAGAAUGCAUAAUCUCUGCUGCAGGGGUCAUAAGAAUCUCA